CGCCCUCCAACUGCGUUUCAUAGUCAUCAGAAUCUACUCUCGCUCACUUGAUUUUUUCCCAUAGUCCUGAGUUCUCACCAACCAUGGCAAACUCACUCUGGAUUCAGGCAGUUUUCCUUGUGGCAAUCAUCUCUUGUGAAUUCGCCUCGGGUUGUGUCGUCACAGUCCGAAACAACUGUGGCUAUUCAGUAACAGCAUGCGCUCAAAGUGGAAAUCAAAACAUAGCUCAGUAUAAUCUGGGUUCGGGAGGCUCGCAAGGCAUUGAUCUGGGAUCGGCUUGCAACUGGCAAGCUGCAGCUGUAUACGCCUCAGUGACAGGACAGUGUGCAGUUUCUGGGAGUCCCAACGCAGCAACAGAUCGAAACUUGGCCAACUUGGCUGAAUUCACCAUCCCCGGCAGCGGUGGAAACGAUUUUUACGACAUCAGUAACGUCAAUGCCUACACAAUUGGCUUGGCCAUACGCCCCGCGAACGGAGGUUGCAGGUCCAUAAGCUGUACCAUUGGUGACAUCCGUGGUUUCUGCCAACCGAACAACGUCCUACAGACUCUACCUAGCGGCGCCCUCUCUUGUGUGAACACCGAUGGAACUAAUGGUCUGGGUCCUACUGCCGGAACGAUGCAGUUCAAAAACGCAUGUCCCGAUGCUUACAGUUACAAUUUUGACGAUGCUACUUCCACUUUCACUUGCGGAACGGGCACUGACUACGAGGUCGUCUUCUGCCCCUAGAAGUGUAAUGAGCUGGAUCUGUCGAUUCUCGGAGAUGGUGAAAAUCUCCGAUGCUAUCCAUCCAUCGACCUUAGAAGUCUGGAUUAGUUACAAGGCUGAAGUCGGAAACUCAUAGGCCACUCUUUGUGUUCAAACUGAUUGUACGUGCAAUUGGCGAGAUACCUUCAGCUAGAAGAAGAUAAGCUCUGACUGCAGUUGUGACACUGCAGUCAGUUGGAACUUUCCAUAUAAAUAAAGCUGAUGUUAGCCUUUUGCAC